AUGCACACUGGAAUGAACGUGAUAGCCACUGCAUUCCGUGACGCUUCACGGUUGUCCCUAUUGUAUGCAGCGAAACAUGGUCACGAAACCGUGAUUAGGCUACUGCUGCUCCAGGACGCCCCCGUAGAUCAAUUAUCCAACGAUCAGCGGACACCGCUAUCAUACGCGGCCGCGGAAGGUCAUGAGAUAGUAGCAAAGCUGCUACUUGAGGCCGGUGCGGACCCGAACUCAAACGAUACACGGGGAUUGACACCACUAUCACACGCGGCCUUGAACGGGCAUGAUGCGCCUGUAAAGCUGCUACUCGAGAAAGACUGUGGACCGGACUCUAGCUGUAAGCUCGCACGGACACCACUGUCAUACGCGGCGGAGAAAGGGCAUGACGCUGUGGUCAAGCUACUACUUGAGAAAGGCGCUGAACCGGACUUGAACGAUAUCUUCGGACGAAUGCCACUAUCAUAUGCCGCCGAGCAAGGACAUGAAAGAGUAAUUAGGCUGCUGCUUGCGCAUGGUGCCAAACUAGACGCAAAGGCGAGUGGACCCCGCUAUUUCAGCGCCCGCGACUUCCUAGAAGCAGCUGAGAUAAUCUAUUUGGAUCAAUUGGAAAUGGAUCACGAGCAGCGGACACCGCUAUCAUAUGCCUUGCAGGGAGGCCAUGAAGCAGCGGUUCGGCUUUUGAUUGCCCAUGGCGCUGAGCGACAUUUAGAAAGCACAUUCGGACGACGUCGGCUAUCGGAUGUCACACAGGAGGAGUGUGAGGGGAUGAUACGGACACUUCCUCACUUUGGGUACGAGGCACUGUCAGGCAAAAAUAACUUCCGGCUUGUGAGACUUUCACCAGGUUCAGAAGGACCCUUAAAAUGCUUUCUGGGAGAUUAUAAGCUGUCAAGCGACGUAUAUCGUCCGUAUGGAUCUAUCAGCCGUUAUCCUCACUAUAAAGCCCUUUCGUACACCUGGGGUGUCUCAAACCGAAAGAGCUCGAUUCUUCUGAAUGGAGCCACCUUCCCAGUGACACAGAACCUUUACAAAGCUUUGCAACAACUUCGAUCCUCGGAGUACGGUUAUACCCUCUGGUGGAUCGAUCUAAUUUGCAUUAAUCAGAAUGACAUAUCGGAGCGAUGCCAACAGGUGUCGAUGAUGAAGGACAUAUUCAGCAUGGCCAGUGAGGUGGUAGUAUGGCUGGGGAAAGACACGCCAUUACCGACAGAAAAACAAGUCAAUUACUUGCCAUCUCUCGAACGUGGCGAUUUGAUGCGUAUUGUAUCAGCGCCAUACUGGUCUCGCGUUUGGAUCAUCCAAGAAAUAAUGGUGGCAGGGAAGAUCCUUCUCAUGUCGGGAAGUGGGACAGCUUCUUGGCCAACGUUUGUUGCGCAGGUGGAGAUGUUCCUGGGAUCCAUCGACCAAGACAAUGUUGGUUUCAACCCCGAGGUGCAGUGUGUUACGAAGAGCAACUGCAAAGAACUGAUUGAGCUGUGGAAGAGAAAGGACACGCAGACACUCAAUCUCGGAACAUUAGUAUGUUUUGCUAGGGAUGCCUUGGCCACGAACCCUCAUGACAAGAUCUAUGGUCUCCUAGGGUUGGUGAAUCACGGGUCCGGAGGGGACAUCGUGCCAGAUUAUGGCCGCUCGGCAUGCUCAACGUACUGUACAGCGAUUCAGAAGAUGCAGGAUGACAUGCCGCAGAACUUGUCCCUCUUACGCACACAACUGGACCGACUGAAACACGAUCCAUUCAACGUGGAUGGCAGGAAUUCCGACUGUGGAGGCGUCGAAUGUGGGGUUUGGGACUUUUGUAAGUUGUUUGCGUUUCGUGCACGGGCACGCCAAGUGUAG